AUCCGGACUGCUGACUGGUUGUUCGCUCACCUUCUAUCAUAACGAAGUGGGUGUGAGUUACCUGCAAUAAUUCUUAUCUUAACCACAUAUAGAUAUAGAUGUACAGUGAUUUAAAGAUAACGCUCUUUUUAAAAAGACGUACCAGUUUAAGAUUUUUCAUUCUCGAUAAGCUGUUCAUACUGAUUAGGUCGCCGCCGGUGUUUGGUGUUUACGGUUACAGUAGUGACUUCCGUGUGAGUGAUUAUUAAAACUGAUACAGUGACUAGAUAAAUGUUAGCCAUGGAAGAAGAGUGUCGUCAUUUGGCGACAGAAGAUAUUAAAGAAGUAGAUUUAAUGAUGGACCAGCGAUAUUCAAUGCCGGAUAGUCCGUUGGAUCUGCGCGGUUCUAACGAGUCCCACUCCCCAAUUAAAUCAGAAGACGGAUAUACAGCAGAAAAAUCUCCUAAAAAGUCGGGACAUCAGUUAAUCAAGCCACCCUACUCAUAUAUUGCCCUAAUUACUAUGGCAAUACUACAGUCUCCUCACAAAAAACUUACUUUAAGUGGCAUCUGUGAGUUUAUUAUGACAAGAUUUAUGUACUACAGGGAAAAGUUUCCUGCUUGGCAAAAUUCAAUAAGGCACAACUUAUCUCUUAAUGACUGCUUUAUAAAAAUCCCUAGAGAGCCUGGCAAUCCCGGUAAAGGUAACUACUGGACCCUAGAUCCUUUAGCAGAAGACAUGUUUGAUAAUGGCAGCUUCCUAAGACGUAGAAAACGCUAUAAAAGGCCAUCGGCAAAUUUAAUGCUUCGGGACCAUCAUGCCUCAGCCAUGGUCGCUCAAUUCCUCCAAAGCCAAGAGAACUACCACAGCGGGUUGUUUACACAUCCGACCCUUCACAACCCUUAUUCUUAUAUACCAGGUAUCCCAAAUAACAUAUCAAAUGGGUUGCCACUAUUGAGCCCAAUGGACUUAUCCAGGCUCGGGCUGCCUCCUUUGGCUUUACUUCCACAGCCGAAUAUAUGUAAACCAGUGCCAGUUCAGCCAACAACAAUUACUCCAGACGUUGAGGACUAUAUGCCAACGCAGAUCCAUAAAAAAGUCAGAACAGGGUUUUCAAUAGACUCGAUUAUAGGCACCGAAGGUAAGGGAACAAAUAAAACUGAUUCUUCACGGAAAAGCGAUUCGCAAAGUCCCGAGAUCGGCGUGCAUCCAAGAAUGAGUGCGUUUUCUCCGUUAUCUUCGAGUGACGACUGGACAAGGUGAAAUUGUUUUUUGUAAUUUGUAAAAAAUAUCUCAGCCUAAGACCAAAGAUUAAUUUAGACUGUAAUGUGAUUAUUUUGUUGCAAUAUUUAUAAAAUAGAAAGUAGACGGUUUUAUAGGAAAUAGUUUAGAUAGUUGUUUGUAGAUAGAUUUUCACUAUACUAAAAAAAUAUUAUUGUACAUUAUACUAUGUAUAGAAAAUAUGAAGCUUAGUUUUAUAAGUUAAAAUUGUAGCGUACGUGUAAAGUUGUACACUCUAAUUUAAGAUAUUGUAACAUAAAAUAUAUUAAAUAUGAUUUAACGA